UGACUACUACCUCCAUUACGGUAAAUGCAGCCUGCGGAGCCCCUGUGUCCGACAGACCCGGAGUUGCACUGAAAGACACUGCGCCUAACAGGUCUCAGAUGUUAGCCUUUCUUCUGAGCCGUUGACAACAUCCCAUCUAGCCAGGUUUGACUAGGAGGCUGUCCCUCCUUGAAUUUCGGUAUUCCUCAGUACUCAUCUUGACGUCAACCCCUUGAGAUUUGGAGAGAGGAUUCUUUACAUCCAGCUUAACUUCAAGUCCCUGACCACCUGAUCAGCCAGAAGGAGAGACCCCACCCCGUGCCCAUUCUUCCCUGCUGCUAGCUAGCACCAGCAUGGCAGACAGUCGAAAGCCAGAGGAUGGUGCCCCCCAGUGGGACCCAUCAGGGGGGCAGGAGGCCGCCGGCAACCAUGGAGCCAAUGGCUACUCUGCCUACAGGACCUGCCAGCCUGGUGGGACCCAAAUGGCCACAGGCCCCUACUCCACCCGAGAGAAUGGCUUCAAUGGGGAGCUCAGUGGGGCCCCCGCUAUUACCGCAGAGCAAGUGUCAGCGCGGAUUGUGCAGGAAGUGACGGCGGAGGCAGUGGCGGUACUAAAGGGAGAGCAGGAGACUCAAAGGCUGCCAUCAGUUGAAGACACCACAAAUUUGCCCCCCUCACCUCCCCCCUCACCUGCUGCCGAGCACUUUGGUCCUCUGGAAAAAGCCAAUUUAGAUGUAGGGGAUGAGGAGGAGGCGGGCCCUCUCCGCCGUUUCCAAAAUUCUCGGGAGAGGUGCAAGUUCCUCGCCCCCUCCAUCUCAGUUUCCGUGCCCGAGGACGACCCCUACCACUCCGACGAAGAGUACUAUGAGCACCCAUUGUUCAGCCCUGAGUGGACGCACUCGGGCUCCCGCCCCACAGGGCAGGCUGUGGCCUUUAGACAGAUCGAAGAAGAGACCAUGGAGGCUCUUACAGCUGAAUACGAGGAGGAGGUGGAAGAUGAGGAGGAAGAGGAGGAGAGUGCAGCAGAGUCCGAAGCAGCUCUUGAUGAGCAGCAGUGGAGCGGGGAAGAGCCUGAGCUGGACUGCCCCCAAGCUGAGCCUUUAGAGCAGGCAGAGGCCAUAGACGAGGCCCAGGAUCUAGAACUGGAGCCGGGAGAAGCAGCUAGUGCUGCUACAGACAGUUCUGUGGACAGAGAUGAGGAGGAAGCAGGGGGGUGGGAGAGCCCUGAGACAGCUUUAAAGAUGGACUCAGACAAGCAGGGAAGCGAGAAAAGUGGUUCCAUGAGCCCGGACAGCAUUGGGUCGGAGAAACGUCCAGAGGAGUCUUUUGAGCCCCAGAUGCAAGGGUUCUUUGCUGGGGAACGAGUUGUACCAGAGAGCCCCACCAUGGAUAUGCCAUCCUUUGUACCUCCAAAUGUUCAAAACCAAGCCAAAGAAUCUGCCAGCUCACUCACACUUCAGCCUACAUAUGGCGAGCCAAUCACAGUGUCAGAGAAACAGCCAUCAGUGGAAGUGGUGGAGAUCAUCAGCAUCGGUGCUUCCUCAGAUUUCUCAUCACUGGGAGACAAAAGUCAGGUAGAAGUCUCAACGAGGGACUCUGCAGACAGAUCUGGCAUGUCAGCAUAUUUUGAAACAUCAACUGUGGAGGUUGAGGAGUCUUCCCAAUGUAAGGCCGAGGGUUAUUACGAACUGAGCAGAUCUGGUGAAGAGAAGAGUGCAGUUGACGACAGGCCCCCGGAGAUCAGCUACAGCACACUAGCUGAAGCUCAGGAUAAACCGGAAACUAAGGAACGUACAUCAGAAGACAGUAGAUUGUUCAUAGUUCCCGACAAGAGUAAUGAAUGCAGGCUUUCCCCUGGUAAACUGGCCUUAGAGCAGAGGAGUUACUCACUUAACAUUACCAUUGGAGCAACUGAUCCGAGCGGCCGGGGCAAACCUAGGAACUUCUCUCCACUGGCCACAGAUAUCAUGUCCUACACUAGUGGAAGUCUAGAUGAGGCAGCAGACUACCUCCCAGUCACUACACCCUCUGUGGAUAAGCCUCCACCCUUGCCUCCACUGAUAUUGGAAACUGCGGCUUCCAUCACUUCAGAUUCUUCAUCUCCUCCAAGGACCACAGAACGAGUUUCAGUACCCAGUCCUGAACUGGAGUCCCCAGACUCACCACAGUCCCUUAAGAGCAACUUUAAAAAUGGCGCUGUCAUGUCGCAAGACUUGCCUGAGAUGCUGGAUCUCGCUGGUACCCGUUCCCGGCUGGCAUCAGAAAACACUGAACCAGAUAUCACCAGGAGAAAGUCAAUUCAAGCUGAUUUUCAAGCCUUUGCCGAUGAUCCACUAGCAAGCAUGGUUUCAGGAGAACUAAGUCCUAGUGCUAGAAAGAGUGAAAGCCAGCUAGAAGAAAUGGGCUAUUGUGUGUUCAGUGAAUAUUCAGGCCCAAUGCCAUCACCUGCAGAUCUGUUCGGCCCGACAAGCAUUUCUGCACAGGCUUUCACCCACUCUGACCUUGAGGAAAAAGUGGCUGCGCAAGCUAGGAAGUUAGCAGUCAGGGACACGUCUAUGGAGGACAUAGGGAUGGCUGAUGUCACUAAAGAGAAAGACCACAAGCAAGUAGAAAGAAAACAUUCUGCUGAAGAAAAGGGAAAAGAGGUUGCAGAUGAACAAUCCAAAAAAUAUGUAAGCGACACACCACCGGCUCAGCCAAGUGAGUUCUUUGUGACACCAACAGUCACUGUUACUUUAGAAGAAGGCGGGAGGGCGGGGAGUGAGACCGGACGACAAGCCAGUGGCGAGGGCUCAACCUCAGAAACCGAGAUUGCAGACUAUGAGAGGCAGAUACGUAAAUUAGAAAUGGAGGACAGGCCCCUUAGUAUGGAGGAGGAAAGGGAACUGCAGGAGCUUCGAGAGAAAGUAAAGCUGGUCCACCAGGAAGCCUAUGAGGAAGUGGAUGCAGAAGAUGUGUACCAGCUGACUGGCGUGGCAAAGGACCGGAUUGCUAGGCCUGUAAAAACAUCACCUGCUUCGUCUGUUGAUAGCAACAUUGAUGAUGACAAGCUGCUCUCUCCAGUGCUUUCACCAUCAAAACUUAAACAGAGAGAAGUGUAUGGGUCCCCUAAAAGAACAGCUUCACCUGUGUUAGGAAUAACCAAAGAGAAAGAGGAGUCAGAAAGAAAAAUGAGGCAAGAGCAAGAAAAGGAAGCUGCGGAGACGAAAAUGAAAGAAGAGAAAGAUGAAGCAGAUAGGAUAAUCAGGGAAGAGGCUGAAAGGAAAGAGAAGGAAAUGAAAGAGAGAGAAGAAAGGGAAAGGAAAGACAAAGAAGAAUCAGAGAGGAUACUGAGGGAAGAAAAAGAAAGGAAGGAGAAAGAACAGAGAGAACGGGAGAUAAAAGAGAUAGAAGAAAGAGAGAAUAAAGAAAGAGAAGAGAGGGAAAAGAUGGAGGAAGAGAGACAAAGGAAAGAGGAGAGAGAGAAAAAAGAAAUAAUGGGAAGGAAUGAAGAGAAGGAAAAGAUAGAGAAGGAACUUAAAGGGAAGGAAGAGAAGGAAAAGAUAGAAAAGGAACUUAAAGGGAAGGAAGAGAAGGAAAAGAUAGAGAAGGAACUUAAAGAGAAGGAAAAGAUAGAGAAGGAAAAGAUAGAGAAGGAACUUAAAGAGAAGGAAAAUAUAGAGAAGGAACUUAAAGGGAAGGAAGAAAAGGAAAAGAUAGAGAAGGAACUUAAAGGGAAGGAAGAAAAGGAAAAGAUAGAGAAGGAAAAGAUAGAGAAGGAACUUAAAGGGAAGGAAGAAAAGGAAAAGAUAGAGAAGGAACUUAAAGGGAAGGAAGAAAAGGAAAAGAUAGAGAAGGAAAAGAUAGAGAAGGAACUUAAAGGGAAGGAAGAAAAGGAAAAGAUAGAGAAGGAAAAGAUAGAGAAGGAACUUAAAGGGAAGGAAGAAAAGGAAAAGAUAGAGAAGGAACUUAAAGAGAAGGAAAAGAUAGAGAAGGAACUUAAAGAGAAGGAAGACAAAGAGAAUAAAGAAAAGGAACUGAAAGACAAGGAAGAGAGAGAGAAAAUGGUUGCAAUGGACACGCCUGAUGAUAUAUCAAGACAACCAGAGGUGCAAGCAGCCAAGCAGAAUGUGGCAGUAGAAGCUGUGGAUGCUAAAAAGGGGCAAAAGGAAGGGGAGGAAGACGAAAUAGAGAAAGUAGUCGCAGGAUCAGCGGUGGCAAAGGAGAUCCCAGAGACUCGUGCUGCCAUCGAAUCAGUGGUCACAGUUGAAGAUGAUUUCAUCACUGUGGUCCAGACCAUCGACGAAGCAGAUGAGCCGGGACACAGCGUUCGUUUCUCUGGUCCACCUGAAACAGGAGCCUCAGAGGAAGAGGAAGAGUCUGUGGAGUUGGCCCAAGAAGCUGACCUGGAGGCGGCAAGUCUAGAGGAAGUAGUAGAUGUUCCUGAGACCCCUGCCUUCCCUCUGAAAGAGGCUCAAAGCAUUGACACCGAUGGACCCACAGAAAGUUAUGAUAGAGAUGAAACCACAAUGGACGACUCCAUCUUGGACAGCUCCUGGAUUGACACACAAGAUGAUGAUGAUAAGAGUAUGGCGACAGAAAAGUUUGAGCCUUUGCCUAAGGCAAGCGCAGACAAAAAGCCUACUGUGGUCAAGGAGAAGCAGACACAACAGAAAAAGGCGGAGAAACAGCCGGUCAAACCAAAGGCCGGACGGGCUAAAGGCCGAAUCUCUACACCAGAACGCAAGCUUGUCCACAAAGAGCAUAUCUUCGUGCCGAGAGAAGACAACAAGAAGAAAAAAGCUGUGAUAAGGACCGAGUUUACAAAAAAAAUGCAGACACACAGUCAAUCGCCAUCCAAGAGGAAUGUGAUGAAACCAGCCGCCCGCCAGACCCAGCAUCACUCCUGUCCAAGAAGGAGACCCACAGAGGCGCUACCAGACAGUCGUCAGCCUCUGAGUGUUGCCAGACAGUCUCGCAACAGAGCAUCGGAUGGUGGUUCAUGGAGCCCUAAAAAGAGGUCCUCUGUGCCGCGGCAUGCCUCCAUUCUGAGUCACCGUGCACACCAUGAACAAGAGGAGAGCUCCACCUCCAUCACCAGCUCCGGCUCCUUGGCUCCUCGCAGACCCACAUCGUUUCAAACCGAGAUGAGGGCGGAGCACAGGACAGGACGAGCCCCUAGCAUGACAGAUUCAGUGCGCUCCCGAUCAGCUCGCAGUGGCCACUCCACCCCUCGCACCCCCGGCUCCACAGCCAUCACCCCAGGAACCCCUCCCAGCUACUCAUCGUCCUCCAGGACCCCGCGCUCCCUCAGCCUGAUUUCCGGGGAGAGGAAGAUUGCCGUGGUCCGCACCCCACCCAAGUCCCCUGCCACCACGCCCAAACAGCUCCGCAUCAUCAACCAGCCUGUGCCUGACUUCAAGAACAUCAAGUCCAAGGUUGGCUCCACAGAGAACAUCAAGUACCAGCCCAAAGGAGGACAGAGUCAUAUUUUAAACAAGAAGCCGGACCUCGCUCACAUAGAGACACAAUGCAGCUCCAAGGAUAAUCUGAAGCUCUCUCCCCGUGGAGGCAAUGUGAUGAUACAGAACAAGAAGAUAGAUCUGAGCCACGUGACCUCCAAGUGUGGCUCACUAGACAACAUCCAUCAUCGGCCAGGGGGCGGUCAUGUGCGGAUAGAGACAGUGAAGUUGGACUUCAAAGACAAAGCCCAAUCCAAGGUGGGUUCCCUGGAUAAUACUCAACACACUCCUGGUGGAACCCAUCUCCCGAUUGAGAGUCAGAAGCUGAUGUUUCGCGACCAAGCCAAGGCCAGGGUGGACCACGGUGCUGACAUCGUGGUCCGGUCGCCAGACCUGUCGGGCGUGGUGUCCCCGCAGCGCCCCAGGGACAGCCAGCUCUCGUCCUCUGGCAGCCUCAACGUGCUGGAGUCUCCGCAGUUAGCCACGCUGGCUGAGGACGUCACUGCGGCUCUGGCCAAGCAGGGUCUGUGAACACUGGGUCUCUGGAUGCUUGCUCUGCAACCCGGGCAUCUCCAUCAUGAUCCCCAGAAACUUUUCUGCCCACUCCUGCCACCCUGAAGCCAACUUCAGCUAAACGACAGCCUCUAAACAUCUCAACUUCAACAUCCAUCACACAUCUUUAAGUAGAGACUCGAAUUAGGAGCUACUGUACUUUGGUCUUCUUUAUUUCACAAAUAUUUGCUGUUUCUGAUUCAUUAGGUUGGCCUCUCUCUUUUUGAAUGAUGUUGCAUAGAAUAGUUCAGUCCGAGCACUGGUCCUACAUUAAGUGGGGGGACCAGGUCUUUUGCUUUACUGGUCCUGGAUCAGUGUUUUUAAGAAGCUACAGCCUUUUUUUCUACAUUCAAUAAGAAGUAAUGUGGCCAGCACACCAUGCAGCACGCGUCGUUCUCGCUCAGUUCACGUGCAUGGACGCCAAACCCCCUAACAAACCAAGCAUCCUUACUGCAAGUCAUUCUUGUCCACCAAUAUAUAUAUAAUAUUUAACAAAUAUAUAUAGAAAAAUGUAUAAAAAUCAAAGGUCUUUGCCAUCCACCUGUCCUAAAACAUUUGAAAAGGAAGUGACAAUAUGGCUAUAAAAUGAACCUGUAAAAUCGCAUUACUGCAAGAACUAGGUCAUGUUAUGACACAUAAGCAUGUAUUGAUUCUAAUAUGAAAAGAGGCUAUUUUGUAACCAAAAAAAUGAUUUUAGUAAGUUAUUUGCUCAAUUAUUGGAUAAAGAUUAAACAAGUUCAUGUUUUGUAGUUAUUAGUUGUUUACGGUGUAAUGCUUGGUGACGAUGUUGGACAGCUGGUUUGGUGUUACUGAGGAAUGCAUCUCAGUCCUGUUGAACAGCAUCACACACUUGUACCUGCUCAGUAGUUAAAUAUAGGUGCCUGUUUAUACAUCAGAAUAUUGGUAAACUCUGGAGCUUAAUCCACUUUCGACAGCUAAAAUGAUUAGCUGCAGAUGUUGAGCUUGCGUGAAUGAACAGUACACAAAUGUCUACGCAGGCUGAGGUUGCACCAUGAGGACGUACUGUUGUCUGGGUAACGGAGGAUGACGCUACAAAUGCGACCUGAGACUGAGCAGAAGUUGAAGCCACUCUGAAAUCUGUCUGUGUGUGUGCGUUUGGUGCAGAUCCCAUGCCGUUUUACGACGUACGCUAAUGUAUCUGGAUGUUUUGUUGCAAUACUGUAUGUGAGAGAUGAAAGUGGAAGAAAAAAUAUUUUGAAAAUGUAAAAGACAAUUCAUGGAGAAAGAUAAAGCGACCGGGGGAACUCGUAUCGUGUUACAUCUGUUAGGAUAAAAGUGUUUGGGUGAUCUAGUUUAUUUUUUAGACACCAUUUGUGGUAUAUCCUGCCUCCUGCCUAAUAUCUUCCCUCACCUGCGACUGUUUGUUUGCUUCUGUGUUUUUUCUGCAUACCACAUCUCUGUGUGCCCCCUCCCCACCUCCUGCUCCACCCUACAGCAACUGUAAAUGUAUUUAAAAGGUCAAGUAGAUGUACGCAGUUUUUCUCUUGUUGAUAUGACACCAAUUACAUUAAUUAAUGACAAUAAAAAGGAGAAAAAGUGA